CACCAGUAUGGUAGUACUAAAAACUUAAGUGUCCAUACCUCGGAGUUGAUUAACAGUGCUAUAAAAAAUAAAAAAAAAACGGCAAUCCGAUAAAAAAGAAAAAAAAAACAAAAACCCAUAGAAAGCUAUGCAGUGAAAUUACCUUUGAAAAGACAAAAGAAAAAGAAAGAAAAGGAACCGAAAGAAACAAGUGUAGAACGGUUAAUUACAUGAUUUGUGGCCAGAUAAUAGUGGAUUUCAUAGAAAACAACCAUUGGUCGAGUGUUUACGCUAAAAACGAAAAGAAGUCAAACAAUAAGAACAAAAGAACAUUAUAAUGGAUAACCGUCUACUGUUGAAAAUACUUUCGUUUGUCCUGCUCUCCUCCUCGGUGGCCACACAACAGCCUACUCUACAACAACAACCCACACAGCAGGGUGAUUAUGGUGAAGAGCCACCAGAGGGUUACUAUGCCUUUGUGGAAUCUCCCAAUGCCAUACCGCCUAAAGUAAGGCCUCCACCCUACACCCAUGUGAACGUUGAUUGCAAAAAUGUGGCCAAUUUGAAGAAAGUGGCCGUGUCGGUGAAUAAUAUUUGUGGCGAUUUAAAUAAAGGACAGAUUCCAAAGAAUCCCAUGAAGCAAAAUGUGCUAGGUGAACCGUAUCCAUUUGAAUUGAUACGCAAUCAUACUCUAAAAUUCCUAUCGAAAACCUUGCCGGUUCUUCAAGCCGAUGAUACAUUACCCAAGGUUACCCAAAUUCUUAGAGAUGAUCCAGUGGAACCGGUGGAUAACAAUAACAUUGAUCAAUCGUAUGGAGUGCGUAAUAAACGUGAAGCAGUUGCCCCCAAAGUAGAGGGCAAAAAUGAAAAUCAUGAUUAUGGUUAUUUCGAUCCUGCCUUAGAUGAAGAAGAGCGUGCCCAAAAGGAUAACAGUGAAGCUGAACGUAAGCCUCGCAAAUUCUGUGAUGGAGGAGGAAUUUUCUGCACCAUCUACAAGGCCAUUCAAGGCGAUACUUCCUCAGCACCUUCUGCUUCUCCUCUUACCGCUGAGCGACGUGAAGAAAUCGGUCCCAUACGCUAUGAAGGCCCACCCACACCCUGUCCAGCCAAGGUGGAAUAUGCCACACCUGUUUUUGCCAAGAACUAUCAAGGAUCCUGGCGCUAUGUGGUGCAAAUUCCUUAUGAAGGUUAUUUCACACAAACCAUAGAGGUUACUCGCUGCAUACAGGCCAGAUGUCAUUAUCUGGAUGGUGGUUGCCUAUCGUCUCCUCGAUGGGUCAGUUUAUUGGUGGCCGAAAUAUUCUACCCCAAUGCCGAGGACACUGUGCCCUCGCAGACAUCUACCACGACACAAGCGCCCUCGGUACAAGAUUUUCAAGCCUAUCAACAGUAUUUGCAGAAGCGUGCCGGUGUUGCCACUGGCUCCGAUGGCAAUAACCACAAUGGAGCCGAUUUCAAUCAACAUUGCGAUGGGCAUGACGAAAUUGGUUGCUUCCAAGUGAGAUUGUACUAUGACUGGUUCUUGAUUCCCGGCUCUUGCAAAUGUUGGCGUCCCGACUACUUUGCCAAGUAUGUGCGCAGAAAGUCUGUGGCCGACUUGUAAGGCAAUACGCAACCAUUCGGCAUUACGCAAAAUUUCCGAAGCGUUCAAGCUAUCAGCCAAGUCCUUGCUUAAUUUACACUAAUUUAUUUAAAUUAACAAUUUUCUUAGAUUUAAGUACGUAUUAAAGUUCCAAUUAAUUUAUUUAUGCCCUGCUCAAACAGCAGGGCUUUAAGUUAUAAGUUUCCCCUCUGAUGAAGAUCACAUUCUGAAAAUCCUUUGGCCUCUAUAUUUCACUACUGAAUAUCUAGAUGUCUCUCCAUUGGAUUCUUGAGAGUCUGAAUUUCGUUUUAUACCCUCUCGACUGACAGGUUAAUUUAACAUAUUAUUGCGUAAUAUCUUUCAUUAGUUAUAAUAUGGCAAUCUUAGGAAAAGGUUAAUGCGGAGAAUUCCUAUAAAAUCCGAUACACUUACCCAGCUUAAAGUUAUAAUAAUUACAAAAUAUAAAUAUUACUCUACAAGAUACUACUAAAUACAGAUAUUAAUAAAAAUAUAAAAACAA